AAGGUGUCGGCUUCAGCACCUAAGAGGAAACCAACAUCAAAAUCUGACCGUCCAUUCAAGCAACCAAAGGUCUCACUUGAACCUGUGGUUGGUUUAAUGGCUGAGGGUAUCAAGACCGUCACCCCAGCUAAGAAGGGGACGGGUAAAGGACUGAUGACAGCCCCAGAGGGUAAGCAAGAGAGACCUCCUUCCCUUCUCCGCGACGACUCCAAGUAUGCAUUGGAGAAGCUGUCGUCCAUCAUCACGGCAGAAGACUACGAAGAUCUGGGAAACCAUUCGACGGAGGCCAUGGGGGAGACGGGCCUCUUUGCCGUCGCUCAGUCCUUGGUCAUGAUGAAGGGUCUACUGGACCGGUGUCUCAACCGUGAGAGUGCCUUGGACCGGGUUCGCGCAAAGGCAGAGCAGACGGAGGAAGAGCUCGGACAACUCCAUCAAUGGAGGUCCAAGAUGGAGAGGAAGCUGGAGCUUUCUGAGAAGGUGAGGAAGGAGCUGGAGGAGAAGACGGCCACUGCGCUGACGGCCAUAGAGAAUAAAGAGGCGGAGAUCAAACAACUCAAAGUUGAGAUCCGUCAGGCGAAAGAAGCAGCCGUCGAGGAGUAUCGAUGCUCGGAAACCUGUUUGGGCGAGCUGUCGGACUCCUUUCUUCAAGGCUUUGAUGACUCUCUCCGUCAAGUCAAGAAGGCUUAUCCAGAGCUGGAUUUGACGAUGAUAUGCUUUUUACAAUUGUUUGGUAUUUUGUCUAAAGCUCCGUCUCCCUUCUUGAGGAAGGAUUUUUUGUGA